AUGGCUCCUAAGGUUGGAAUCAACGGCUUCGGUCGUAUUGGCCGCAUUGUCUUCCGCAACGCCCUUGAGGCCGGUGACUCCGUCGACGUUGUUGCCGUCAACGACCCUUUCAUUGAGACUCACUAUGCUGCCUACAUGCUCAAGUAUGACAGCACUCACGGUCAGUUCAAGGGUACCAUCGAGACCUACGACCAGGGUCUCAUUGUCAACGGCAAGAAGAUCCGCUUCUACUCCGAGCGUGACCCUGCCGCCAUCCCCUGGGGUGAGGCCGGUGCCGAGUACAUUGUCGAGUCCACUGGUGUUUUCACCACCACCGACAAGGCUGGUGCCCACUUGAAGGGUGGUGCCAAGAAGGUUAUCAUCUCUGCUCCUUCUGCCGAUGCCCCUAUGUUCGUCAUGGGUGUCAACAACGAGACCUACAAGAAGGACAUCCAGAUCCUCUCCAACGCCUCUUGCACCACCAACUGCCUUGCUCCUCUCGCCAAGGUCAUCAACGACAAGUUCGGCAUCGUUGAGGGUCUCAUGACCACCGUCCACUCCUACACCGCUACCCAGAAGGUCGUCGACGGCCCCUCCGGCAAGGACUGGCGUGGUGGACGCACCGCCGCCCAGAACAUCAUCCCCUCCUCCACUGGUGCUGCCAAGGCUGUCGGCAAGGUCAUCCCUGCCCUCAACGGCAAGCUCACCGGUAUGGCUAUGCGUGUGCCUACCGCCAACGUCUCCGUUGUCGACCUGACUGCCCGCCUCGAGAAGGCCGUCAGCUACGACGAGAUCAAGCAGGCCAUCAAGGCUGCCUCCGAGGGCGAGCUCAAGGGCAUCCUCGGCUACACUGAGGACGACAUUGUCUCCAGCGACUUGAACGGCGACACCCGCUCUUCCAUCUUCGAUGCCAAGGCUGGUAUUGCCCUCAACUCCAACUUCGUCAAGCUCGUCUCCUGGUACGACAACGAGUGGGGUUACUCCCGCCGUGUCGUUGACCUCAUUGCCUACAUUGCCAAGGUGGAUUCGCAAUAG